AUGCACUGCUCGAAACUGACUGCCACUCAAGGCCAUUCUCUGAAUCCAGAUCUCGUAAUCCCGAUUCCCCAGCUGGAACUCCAGGCGAUCACGGCGACGGGGAUGGGGUACAGCCUCUGUAUGCUCGCCGGCACCGGCGCCAUGGCCUACUUCCUCGUCCUCACCCUCGAUCUCGUCCUUAUCCUCACCCUCGUCCUUCUCAUUAGGGUUUACAUUAGGGUUUACAUUAUUCAGUGAUAAGAGGCUGCGCAACGAUUGCAGAGGAGAUGAGCGUCUUCAACAGGGUAAGCCGAGAACGACGUGUGUGUACAGCGUCAGAACUUUCGC